AUGGAUGAUCUACGUCUUGCUUCUAUUGCCUGCUACAAUGCUGGUUCGAGGAAAGAACAGAAGCUCGCAAAGAAGGUUUUCGAAGCAAUGGAUGCAGACGGCAAUGGGAAGGUCAGUGUUGCCGAGUUCUCUAAUUUCGCAUCAAAGCUUGGGUUGAAAGGAUUCGACAAGAAUUUUUUCAACCAGAUAGACAAGGAUAAGAAUGGCUUCUUGGAUUUUGAAGAGGCCCUUCUCUUUUACUACAUUAUUACCACUCGCCCUUUCUGCGACAUGUGCGGGCAACUGAUCAUGGACAUGUACUACUCAUGUAUUAAAUGCUUCCGCCCCACCAGCAGCAACUCCUGCGAUCUCUGCCCUUCUUGCUACUCCUGUGGGACCUUCAAGCACGAUCACGAGGAGUUUAUAGAUAAUUUUGCAUUGCUUCGGAAGCAAAAGCCGUCGUCCAAUAGUAGGGAAAUCUUUGCUUUGGGAGUGGAGCUGGCUAAGUUGGUGGGCAUGCCCGGGCCUGAAGAAGUGAUAGAGUGCAUCCAGAUGUAA